AUGUCAGACACAAUCUUUCGUCCCUAUUCCUCCUCUGACUCCUUGCGGUCCGACCGAAGCGCGACUGAUCGUCAGCGCCACCGACACAAGGUCCGUGAGGCAGUCCGAGAUAAUAUUGCCGACCUGAUCGCCGAAGAGUCCAUCAUCGGCAAAAAUAAAGACAAAAUCGUCAAAGUCCCGAUCCGAGGGAUGAAGGAGUAUCGCUUCAUUUACGGCGAGAAUACGCCAGGGGUGGGCCAAGGCGAUGGCAACUCUCAACCGGGUCAAGUGGUUGGCAAAACAGAUGGUGAGGGCCAAGGCCAAGGUGAGGGCCAAGCCGGUGAUCAAGCCGGGGUCGAUUAUUAUGAGACCGAUGUCACGCUCGAAGAGCUGAUCGAAAUCAUGUUCGAAGACCUUGAGCUGCCCGAUAUGGAACGCAAGAUUCUGCGCGAGAUCCCCUCCGAUCGCCUCAGCAAACGCAAGGGCUACCGCCAGAUGGGCGUCCGGGUGCGCUCGACAAACGGCGCACGGCGAUUGCUCGCAUUCGGCGUAAAGUCGCGGUCAUGCGGCGUGAGGGGAAGACCGAAUGGGAUGCUGAGCAGCGCUUUCCGUUCCACAAAGAUGAUCUAA